CAAGUGUACUAGGAUCUACAUCACUGCUUGAACAUAGAGUUGUUUACAUGUGAUAGUUAGUAAAUGAGGGAAAAUGAUGGUAAAGGAUCAAACUGUAGUAUAUCAUAGAACAAAAAUCCCCAGAGUGAGGAAUGUUCCAUCAACCUUUCCUUAAAAGAAAAAGAAAAGAAGAAGGAAUUCACUGACCAAGGCUGGACCCCCUUCAUAGUCCUGGCCCUGUCACCAGCCCCCUCUCAUCACCCUCUCUCAGCAGGCCUGAGUGAACUAAAGAGGUGAAGGCUACUAAGCAAAUUGGGUAAAGAGAGAGUAUUAUGACACAUUCCUCAGAUCUGGUAGCCACAUGGGAUUUGGCUUUGAGUGAUGGAGUUCAUAAAGUGGAGUUCGAACAUGGUACAACAUCUGGAAAACGUGUUAUUCGUGUUGAUGGGAUGGAGAUAUAUCGCACAGACUGGAUGUUUAAACUGGUAGGCAAGGAGCACUUUACUGUUGGGAAAGCCAGAUGCUGCAUAACUAUCGAUGCUGUCAGUGGAUUUUCCUAUGAGUACACGCUAGAGGUUAAUGGCAAGCCACUUAAAAAAUUUAAGGAGAAUCAAAGCAGAAUAAUGCACACGUGGGUCACAUUUGUCUCUGGUAAUCCUACUCGCAUCGUCCUAGAAAAAGAUACACUGGAUGUGUGGGUAAAUGGGAAAAAAGUGGAGACACAAGGAGAGUUUAUAGAUGAUGGAACAGAAACUCACUUUGCCAUAGACAGUACGCACAGUGCCUACAUUAAGGCCACCAGUUCAGGAUGCAAGAGAAGUGGUAUCAUUCAUCAGCUGUUUAUCAAUGACACUGAGAUUGAGGUAGCUAGUGAGUGAAACAUUGGUCCUGUUAGGGUUGUACUAGGUCCUCCUUGUGGUAAACAUGUCCAUUAAUAAAUAUGUCCAUUGCUAUGGAAAAAGAUCAUGCUGUUUGUGAUGUGAUUUUUCAGCUGCAAAAUGUUGACAAUAUCCUUUGGCUGAAUAAUACUUUAUAUUACUGAAAGCCAGGAUUUUUGUGAUUGCAGAGAAUAUUAAAAAUGGCAUUCAGAGUUCAAUUCCAAGUGGUUAUUAGGCAUGAUAAAACAUUAGACAUGCCCCAAAAUGUUAUAAAAAUGUGCUGACUGCGACCCUUACCAAACUGUAAAAAUUUCCAAAAACCCAUGUCAGCAACUCCUAUGAUUAUGUCAAUAGUCAAAAUGGAGGAAAUGGCUAUCAGGCAUAACUGGGUGUUGCUUCUGUCUCGCCUGUCAUGCCAGGAAAUCCUGCAGUGUGACAUGGUCACAUGGAGAGGUAGUUUUGAUAUGUUAGUAAUGGUUCACGUGCGAGAAUUGUUGUAAACUAUAUGCUUUUAAUAUGUCGCAAGAUGGUGGUUUAACUGUAAAUAAUGUAAUGUCAUAACAUUUGAAUGCUGAUGCUGUUUUAUGUGGUCUGUACUGAAUGAUAAUAAUACAUCUUAUGGUGUGGGUAUUUUGAUAUCUUAUAGGCUAGUUAUAAUUUUGUAUUUCAUCACAUUAUUAAAUAUGAAGUUAAUGUUAUUGCUGAAAUUACGUGCCCAAGAUAAAAGUCUAAUGAACAUUCAGAAACUAAAAUUGUUUACUAUGAUAAAGGGACGCCCAGAACCGGAUCUGAUGGCAUGGUGUAGUUGAGGCCCUAUGCUCCAUUGGGGGUGAUUAGGAACAAGAAGACGAAGAAUGAUGCUAAAGCAUAUGAUGUGAAUUUAAUGCUGACUGUUUCUGUGUUGAUUAAAUAGUUAUUGGAUGCUUCCAUAUAAAAAAAAA